UGAAAACAAAGAAUUAAUAAAUCUCAUAAAUAGUACCUAAACAUUUGAUAUUUGUGCUAUACCUACCGUAAAAUAUUAUUUCCAUGCUCAUAAAUUUUGCUGCACGACAGACGUACAAUUUAUCUAAAAUAAAUGGGAGUAUUUUGUCGAUACCUAUUAAUUGUGUGUUCGUCACGUAACGGAGUCAUUAUUUGCUGCAUGUGGCGCUGGCGUUUGUCCGGGAGUCCCACGGUGACGCGUCGCGGGCGCCGCUCGGUGACGGCCGCUAGGCAGAUGCACGAAUCUAGGUGCAAAACUCACGCGUGAGCUCUUGCAUCGUAUCAGUAUCACGCUCACUACCACCGUUCCUAUAUAAACAGCGACUAUUCAAAUUUAAUGUAUUCCAAAGCUAAAACUUAGCAAAGUAACACAUCUUCAGAGCUUUGCUAGCUUUAAGGUUACAUGAAAACUCCCCAGUGAUGAUUUUAUAUAUAUUUUUGCUCACCGCUCUUGCGUGGCCGUCAAGCAGAUGUGAGCCCCCUGUAAAUAGCUACCUCCCUCCUUCUGGCUCCGGUAGUAGACCAUCGUCACAGUAUGGUCCACCAGGGAGUAAUGGCGGACCAUCGGGCGGGUCUCAACCAGGUGGUGGUUUGAGUCCAAGCGGUCAAGAUUCUUACUCAAAUGGACAAACUGGACCAUCUAUUGAUACGCAAUAUGGUCCACCAUCUGCAAGAGGCAAUGGUCAACGAUCACAGGGUUUUGGCUCUCAACAAGGACCUGGGAACUUCCAAGGCGGUCAACCUGACUCACAAUACGGCCCCCCAGGAGGUGGUAAUGGCCAGGGACCUAAUGGAAGAGGUGCCGGUGGUCGAGGCGGCCCUGGUGGUUCGAACGGCGGUAGAGGCCGACCUCAAUCGUCUUAUGGUCCGCCCAAUCAACAGGGGGGAUCCAAUGGAGGUGGUUCAGGUUUCGGUCAAAGACCAGACAGCUCAUAUGGACCACCGCCUACUGGAGAUUUCCAAUCUUCAAGCAACGGUCAGUCAGGAAACCAGCGCCAAGGAUCUCAAAGUGGGCCUGACUCAAGCUAUUUGUCACCUAGCGCUGGAUCUCAAGCGUCUGCUGGUGGAUUUAACGGCAACGGUGGUCAGCCAUCAUCGUCAUAUGGUGUUCCUGGAUUUGGUGGCGGCCCUGGUGGCUCUGGAGGUCAAGGGGGAAGAGGCAAUGGUCGUGGAUCCAACUAUGACGAUGGACAAUCUAAUGAGCCGGCUAAAUACGAGUUUAGUUAUGAGGUGGACGACGCUCAGACAGGUACUAAAUUUGGUCAUUCUGAGCAGCGUGAUGGCGACCUGGCCACUGGGGAGUAUAACGUAGUGCUGCCCGAUGGCAGGCGACAGGUUGUCGAGUACGAAGCCGGCCUGCAAGGAUACAUGCCUCAGAUCCGAUACGAGGGUGGCGGCAACGGUGGCUCUGGAAACGGUUUUGGUCGUGGUGGAGGUGGAGGUGGGCAAGGCGGCGGUCAAGGCUACCCACAAGGCGGUCCCGGUGGCAGCUCCGCGGGAGGUGAUAGUGGAUAUCCAAAUUCAGGACAAGAUCAGUCAGGGAGCCUUGGACGAUACCAAGAAGGUGGUUUCGGUCAGGGCGACUCAGGAAGCCAAGGAUUUAUGGGUUACCCAAGUGGGAGACCCGGUGGCAAUGGACGGAAUGGCAAUAGUCGAGGAGGUAGCCAGGGUGGCCAGUCAGCUUCUCAGUUCCCGUCUGGCUCAGGCCUAGAAGAUUUAAACGGCGGUGGACAAGGCAACGGAUAUCCAAGUGGUGGUCCACAGGGUGGUCGUGGCUUCCCAGGUAGUGGCUCUGGAGGUGGAAAUGGUGGUUACCCCAGUGGUGGUCCAGGUGGAAAUGGUGGAGGGUUCCCUGGAGGUAAUGGAAACAAUGGCAAUGGUUAUCCAAGUGGACCUCAAGGUGGUCGAGGUGGAUCUGGAGGCCAGAAUGGAGGUAGAGGACGUGGAUCUCAAAACGGGGGAAAUGGAGAAGAAGGCUACCCUAGUGGUGGACCAAGUGGUCCGCGAGGAUCUGGAUAUUAAAAUACAACAACGAUAGCAACUCCUUAACGAUAGACAGAAAACGCUUCAGUAAGUUCCAUACUUACACACCUAAAUGAAUUAUAAAGCUUUGUAAAUAAACGAAAUAUAAAAAAUGCUCGUUUUAUAACUCACUAUAGUUCCUUUAUUUGUAAAGUACAAUCGUUGUCAUGCAAAGCAGUCAUAUCACUAUCACAACCUUUCUAAUUAGUAUGGUGUAAUCACACAUUAAUAUUACAAAAAGUAAUCAAUAAAAUAAUAUUUUAAAUUUAUGUAAAAAAAACCAUAUAAAUUAUUUGAUUCGAAUGCAUCAGUGUAUCACGAAAAGAAAACAUAAAUAAAAUAUAAUAUGGAUAAAUUAAAAGUGGAAAAAGGGAUGAGAUGAAUUAACUAUACUCACAUUAAGCAGUUUGUGACUUGAACUCACUCAUGAAAACUUUUUUAUUAGUAUCAUUUUGUUAGUUGGCUGUACCUUAAAAUGAGUACCAAAGCCACUGCUGAUGUACUAGAUAAAGUACCUACUAUUAACCUCAUAUGUCAAAUCUCACCCUAUACUUGAUGCUUUUUAAGCAUUAUUCUAUCGAAAAAACUUUGGUCAGUUUAACUUAACAAGUCGACAUCUUUGUUUUUUUUUCAUGUUCUUCACUAAAUACUUUGAAAGUCGGAAUUUUCAAUGACCAUUUUUUUCGUUGUCCAAACGACCACUAGAUUAACAUUCUAUUCUUAAUUUACAUACAACUGCAAGCUCAUAAUACUUAUAUUUCACGGAUACAAAUUAAAGCCAUAUAAGAAUUAUUAUUAUUAUGCUAUACAAUUGAAUAUAAUUAUUUAUCAACGCUGUUCUAAUGUUUAACACCUCAUUACUUAGUUUACAAGUACCUACACAUUUUAAAAUCUACAUCGAAAAAUAACUUACGUCUUCAUUUAUUUCUUAUUUGGAAGGUAGCCAAAAUGUGUAUUAUUGACGAUUACGGCCAGUGCACAUUUUUUGACCUUAAAUAAAGUAGCAUCGAAUCAUUUAAUUAAUUUGUAACUUAACAAGGCCUUAUCAAGCAUGGAGCUCACAAAUCAUCUUAAAAAUAGGCAUACUACAUAUUUCAUCCUUAUCGGUUCAGCAGUUUAGGUGAAGUUCACUGACACAAAAACACAGAAUCUGAAUAAUGAUAAAGAUUUCAUUUAUUUGAUUCAAGAGUGGCAUUAAGUGCCGUAAUGUGCACCUCUGCCUACACCUUCGGGGAUAAAAAGGCGUGAUGUUAUGUUAUGUUAUGUCAUUUAUGUAGAUUUUACCAAAGGAAAAUAGUCAACUGAAACUUGUAUUUU